UGUGAGAUGGCGCUAAAAGAUAAGAAAUUCUAGGGGGAAGGGGUGGGGUGAAGUGUGUUUGGGGAGCCCACCUGGGGCCUAGAGCUAUCUCCAUCUUUAGCUCCAGAGUCUCUGAUUUCUUUUCAGGGACAAAUGGCACAGCAUGUCUUCCAGGAUCAAGAACAAAAGGCAGGAAGGACCUCCAGGCAGCAGAAAAGAAAAUCCAUUGAAGAUACAAUGAGACCAACGGAAGUACAGUUAACAAUCACUGAAGCCCUGUGGGACCAGGUGCUAACAGCUUUUAGGGAUAUACAAAAGGAGCUGCAGGAUGAUGCUCGGAUUCGAGGAAUGAGCAACUGCUCCAAAACACCCAUAUCAUCUGCAUCCAGGACUGGAAGCAUGAGUCUUCGGGAUUCUGGGAUGACCCUAAAGUUGGGAAGAUUGCUGCCAAGCACUGGAGAGCAGUCAUCAGGGGCCCUAGUCCCCAACCUGAGAAACCAGCUCUCUGAUCAAUCAACUUGCUACCCUGGACCCUAACUCUACAAUCAAGGAAGAAAGCCUCCUCUGCUUCUGCAAGGGCACAGCUUUGGUUGCCUGAAAAGAGAAGUUAUAAGGCAGACACCAUCACUGACCCAGAAGAGGGCGUGAUACUCAUGGGCAGAGACGCCAGGGUCUAUGGUUGCAACUGGGAACUUGGAAAUGGAGUGAGACCAAAGCACAUCACAAUUGCCAAGCAAAGAAACCAGCAAGCAAACAACUGAUAAAAGAAGCGUGAUGUAAAAGA